AUGAACGAAGCAUACCCUUAUUUAAAUGAAAAACCUUCAAGCUUUUCUUUAUUAUCAGCUGCAUUAGAUGAGUGGAUAGCAGAAGCAAGGCAUACUGCAACGAAGAAGCAGCCAACACCAGGGAAAAGGAUAUUGACUCUAUUAAUUCUAUCGUCUAAAAAAGCACACACACAAGUUUGUUAUACUCACGGGGCUAAGGCGUCGAGCUUGGGUGGUGGAUUUCAAAGAGGACGUGGCAAUUGUGGUGGGAUUUGGAGAGGCGGUGACAGUUGUGGUGGGUUUCGGGGAACAGUGAGACGUGGUGGUGGUGGUGGUGAUGGUGGUGGAGGCUGGGUGGGUGGCGUUGGAGGCUCGGGGUCGGGUGCCGAUGGGUGGUGGGUUUUGGGAAGGGUGGGAUGUGGUGGAGGCAGGACACUGGUUUUGGGUUUCAUGGAAUGGUGGGACGUUGUGGUGGUGGCGAUGGUGGAGGCUGGGAGGAUCAAAGUGCUUGAGAAGUGCGUGGGGGAACUAGAUGGCUUGGACAAGAGGGUCAGGGAUCUUUCCUCUGCUAGCCGUAAUUCUGGUUCGUUAGAUGCAUGCAAUCACAUAGCUGCACUAGAGAAGGAAAACGAUGUGCUGCAAACCAGAAUAAUUGUGUUGGAGCAAAGAAACACUCCAACAAGUACAUUUGUUACCCCUCGGUGGGAGGAGUGCAUUGUGGCUGUGGAGCGCAUGUUGAAGGAAAAACAAGUCUCCAUAAAUGACACCACGGAAGACUGCAGGGAGUCAAUUGGUGCGCUCAGAAAAGAAAUGAUUGAGCUAUCUGCAAAGGUGAACCUAACCAUGCGAGCGGUUGGGAAUGCACCUGCAAUGGGGGCCGAUAGGUAUGGAAUAUGGCCGAGUUAA